UCAGAUUGACUUUGACAUUUGCAUUGUUUCUUUGUGCCGCGCGAUUUUUGUUGUUUUUACGAUUUUUACUGCAAAAAGUGUCUUUUCUAGUAAAAAUAUGCCAGCAAUGGAAGUAGAAAGCAUUCCAUCUACGUCUAAGGCACCUCCUGCGAAGCCCCAACAGAAGAAACACUUACCAUGGAUUGAAAAAUAUCGCCCUACAAAAUUUGAGGAGAUUGUGGGCAAUGAGGAUACUGUUAGUCGUUUGGGGAUCUUUGCUACACAAGGAAAUGUGCCCAAUAUCAUCAUAGCAGGACCUCCGGGUGUUGGGAAGACUACCACAAUUCUCUGCUUAGCACGAAUUCUCCUCGGUCCGAGUUUCCGGGAAGCUGUUUUGGAGCUCAAUGCUUCGAAUGAGAGGGGAAUAGAUGUAGUGAGGAAUAAGAUAAAGAUGUUUGCGCAGCAGAAAGUUACUCUUCCGGCUUCCCGGCACAAGAUUGUCAUUUUGGAUGAGGCUGACAGUAUGACGGAGGGAGCUCAGCAAGCUCUGAGGAGAACCAUGGAGAUUUACAGUAGUACUACGAGAUUUGCUCUGGCUUGCAAUACGAGCGAGAAAAUUAUUGAACCCAUUCAGUCGAGGUGCGCAAUGGUGAGAUUUACAAAGUUGUCUGAUGCUCAGAUCCUGGCCAAAUUGAUUGAAGUUUGUCAGGCUGAAGGGUUGGAUUACACAGAAGAGGGCUUGGAAGCUAUUGUGUUUACGGCUCAGGGAGACAUGCGACAGGCUCUGAACAAUCUCCAGUCAACGGCAAAUGGAUUCGGGAAGAUUUCCGGAGAGAAUGUUUUUAAGGUUUGCGAUGAACCCCAUCCGCUUCUGGUGCAGGAAAUGCUGGAGCACUGUGCCCAGGGAGACAUUCACAAGGGCUAUAAAAUCAUGGCGAAACUGUGGAAAUUGGGCUAUUCCGCUGAGGACAUCAUUGGGAAUAUCUUCAGGGUGAGCAAGAGGCUGAACAUGGAUGAAAAGGUAAAAUUGUAUUUUAUCCGGGAAAUUGGGGAAACUCACAUGAAAAUUAUCGAUGGGAAUAAUACACUAGUGCAGAUGUCGGGUCUCCUGGCCAGACUCUGUGAACUCUCUCAUAAAUUCCAAUGAGUUAGCACAAAAGAAAAAUCCUAUACAGUUAACUUUAUUCUCAAAUAGAUCUGCCAACAAGUUUUCCUUCAAAGAUUUCUUGUAUUUUCUUAGAAAACAGAGAAAACAGUGUUACAUUUUACAUAAUCUACCUUUUUUGUUUUUCAUAAAUCUACCGAUAUAAUUUGUUAAUUUUCCUUUUGAUACUUCUUCAACAAUUCUGGUACAAAUAAAUUCUCUUCAAUUUCUGAGGAUA